AUGGUCAACUACGACGGCUUCCAGUCCGUGGGGAAGCCCUUCAGCGUGGCCGCGCUGGCCGAUCACGACGACGACGUGGUGAACGCCCGAUCGCCUAUUGUCUGCAAACCUGGCUCGACAGCACGAAGUACUAUGCUCAGUCCAACGUGUGUAUCAUCACUGGCUCGAAAUGACGGCGUGAAAAGCGAGCCGUCCUGGACGAUCCAAGAGUUCCAGGAGUACUUAAGUAUGCUGGAGCUGCUCCAAGACGCGUGUUGCGCGUCAGAGGACGGCGAGAUGCGUCUAUCGGCCGACAAUCUCGGCCAAAUGGAGCGGCUACUCACGUCGCUGUUGCCUCAAGGAGUGUGA